AUGGAGAGUGCGGAAGACCUUGGAUACGUGUUACAGGCGAAAAUAAUUACCAUGGUUUGCCUCUUCGGUAUCUCCAUGAUAUUCGGAUGCAUUCCCAUGGUAAUUUCGUAUAAGUAUGGGUGGUUUACGAAAUCAAAUGGCCCUAAUAUGAGGACUUCAAACAAGCUAAUAAUAGGUUUACUGUCUUUUGGAGGAGGUGUGCUUUUUGCAACUACCUUCAUGCAUUUGCUUCCUGAAGUCGAUGAAAACGUUAAAUUAUUACAAGAAAGCGGUGAUAUGCCAGAAAUGCCAAUAUACUUGGCUUCUCUCUUAAUGUGCGCCGGUUUCUUCAUGAUGUAUCUCAUUGAAGAGUUAGUACAGCUCUACAUCCACAGUCGAGAGAAUAAAACUAACUCUAGCUUCUCUCGGGUAAUGAGUAUACGUAAAAACAGUGCAGAAGCUGGAUCAUCUGUAGAUAAAUCAAUAAAAGAGUUGGAGGCGAAUGUACAUCAACCUGGUCAUAGUCAUUUACCUUUUGAAACCGAAGAUAAUCUGGUAUCAGCCCUGAGAGGACUUCUCAUCGUCCUAGCUCUAUCUAUUCACGAACUUUUUGAAGGUCUUGCAGUUGGCUUGGAAGCGUCAUCUAGAAAUGUUUGGUAUAUGUUUGGCGCAGUAUCUGCCCACAAAUACAUCAUAGCAUUUUGCAUCGGAGUAGAGUUUCUCGUUGCGGGUACGAAGAAAUGGCUAUCAAUAGUGUACAUCUUCACAUUUUCCUUUGUCUCAGCACUGGGAAUUGGUAUUGGUAUAUUAUUGGUAGGAGGCGCUGGCGCGACGGGGGCUGGCGUCUACUCUGUUGUAUUACAGGGUAUCGCAUGCGGUACAUUGAUGUAUGUCGUAUUCUUUGAAAUAUGGAGGCAAGAUAACACAGGCUUGCUAUCGUUUGCAUUUUCUUUGCUUGGCUUUGUGGUUAUGGUGUCACUGGAUACCGUUGUUGAAAUAGUUGCU